ACACAUCCAUCUUUUCUACACAUAUGACCGUCAGCUCAUAUGACUGUAGGAAUCGCGUUGCAACAUACAGCAGUCAGAUCAGAUGUAUGUUGCAACGCGGUACCGCCGCCCAGCCCACGGGAUCACGUGACUGCUGCCUACUGACAGAGGGGAAGGCGCAGUGAGGAAGCAACAGCAAUGAACAUUACACUCGUACACUUUGUUUGUGCUUGGACUUAGAGACAGACUGGGACACGCAGGAGCCUGACUGUAUAACAAAGUGACAUUGAGCGUACUGCAAGAUCUGGUAACAAAGAGUCAGUAUGAACUUCAUACCAAACCUCUCUCCAGGGACCUGGAUCCUGCUGGCUGUAUUGUGGUUGCUGUUGUUACUCUAUGGUAUAUUACCAUAUGGAAUAUUCAAGAAGUUGGGAGUUCCUGGACCUACUCCGUUACCAUUUGUUGGAACAUUUUUGGGAUAUAGAAAAGGUGUGGUCCAGUAUGAUAUGGAAUGCAACAAGAAAUAUGGAAAAUUAUGGGGCCUCUACGAUGGCAGACAACCAGUGCUUGCAAUUCUAGAUCCAGCUAUAAUUAAGUCCAUUCUAGUGAAAGAUUGUUACACUAACUUCCUGAACAGACGGAAUUUUGGGCUCAAUGGGCCCCUGGAGUCUGCUCUUACAAUUGCUGAGGAUGAGCAGUGGAAAAGGAUUCGUACAGUGCUCUCGCCCACAUUCACCAGCGGGAAACUGAAAGAGAUGUUUCAGAUCAUGAAGGACUACUCGAAUAAACUGGUCAGAAAUGUACAAGUUUAUGUUGAUAAGGAUGAAGCAUGUGCCAUGAAGGACGUCUUGGGAGCUUACAGUAUGGAUGUUAUCACCAGUAGCUCGUUCAGUGUGAACAUCGACUCUUUAAAUAAGCCUAAUGAUCCAUUUGUUACACAAACCAAGAAGUUACUGAAACUCGGGUUAUUCAGUCCAUUACUCCUCGUCGUUGUGAUGUUUCCCUUCCUUCGCCCUAUUCUUGACGGGCUGAAUGUCAAUUUCUUCCCAAAAGACUUCCUGAAUUUUUACAUGAAUGCUGUUACUAGUUUCAAAGAGAAGCGGCAGAAGGAAGACCAUCCAAGCCGUGUGGAUUUUCUGCAACUUAUGUUGGAUUCUAGAAUUGAAGAUAUCAGUGGAUUGAAAAAGGAACAGAAAGCUCUGACAGAUACAGAAAUAAUGGCUCAGGCCAUUAUUUUUAUACUGGCUGGUUUCGAGACAACAAGUGUGACAUUAACCUACCUCUUUUAUAACCUGGCAACCCACCCUGAUGUUCAGCAGAGGCUACAGGAAGAAGUUGACUCUUUUCUUCCUGACAAGGCUAAUCCCACUUAUGAAAUCCUGAAGAAGAUGGAGUACCUAGAUAUGGUGAUUCAAGAGACCCUCCGCAUGUACCCCCCUGCGGGGCGAUUGGAGAGGGUUUCAAAGCAAACUGUUGAGAUCAGUGGUGUAACCAUACCAAAGGGGGUGGUCUGUAUGAUCCCAGCAUAUGUGUUGCAUCAUGACUCUGAAUAUUGGCCAGAUCCUCAAGAGUUCCAUCCUGAAAGGUUCAGUAAAGAAAACCGGGAAAACCAUGCCCCUUAUACCUUCCUGCCCUUUGGAGAUGGACCAAGGAACUGUAUUGGGAUGAGGUUUGCUAUGCUGAGCAUGAAAGUAGUAAUCUCAGCUCUCCUCCAGCAUUUUACAUGUCGCCCAUGUAAAGAUACUCUGAUCCCGAUGGAGUUCAGCACUACAGGUUUCAUGCAACCUAAGACACCGAUCAUUCUAAAAUUUGUGCCUCGAUCCGUAGCCACUGAGUGAGCAUCAGAAUAAGGACAGGACUAUAUGCAGCCUCUUUUUAUUAAUUGAUCCCACAUUAUCUUUGACUGUUGUAUAAAGCCUAUUUAGCUUUCUUGUGAUGUCAUUGACAAUUUACAUUUAAUUGUAUGGAAUAUUUUCACUGUCCUUUUACUAUAGUUUAUUUCUUUGCUAUCAUUCCUGCAUGACCUAUUAAGUACAUUUUUGUUAUUUUUUUCACAAUCCUAUGGAUUGUUUGACUACAUUAUUGAUGUUGUCAACUGUAACUCAGAAAUGAGAAAAGCUGCUCUGCUGUGUCCUAAUAAUAAGCAAAUUAGGGGUCUCCAAUUCUGAAAUAUCAUAAAAAUUAUACAUACAAUGGCCCUCA